ACAAUACAAUUAUGUGACUACAUUAAAACAAAACAAACAACGUGUCAUUACUAAACAACAAUUGUAGCCUGUUCAGCUGAACCUGUUGCUGAGCUGAGCCUGCCGAUGUAGUCGUAGUGAAUGCUACCUACCUGUAGGUGGUGUUAUGAUAAACACGGAGGCGGGCUUUGUGGAAACAUGUGAACCACACACUAGCACUCGAGAGCGAGGAGGGGCGACCUGGAGGGGACAGUUACGAGGCCAUUGCAGCAGCAGCGUAGGGAGCGGAGAAACGAAGCAGCGAUGCUUUACUUCGCUCAGGUAGGCUAACCUUCCAGCGACACAUUUUAAAAGCAAGGUCACGGAAUUCUUUGUCUUUGUGCUGACAUUCGAGGGGCAUUUACUCAACAAGACUGAAGACCACCGAAGAUUCGAUCAUUUGAAGACAUUGGCUGUUUUGCCUCGGUGGACACCCAGGGUCUGUCGAGGAUGCCAUUGUCAAUGCGCGGAGAUGGUGUGCCCAAUAGGUGAAUAACGCGGGGGAGUUUUACCUCAGAAAGGUGACUUUUCAAUUCAGUGCAGUUGUUUACCUCUGUCAAGAAAUAUAUUUUCCACUAUAUUGGUCAUUGACGGCAUAAUAGAAAGAUGUUCGUGUCAAAUGUAUUGAAUAGCACUGUUGAGUCAAUGGUCAAGUCAAAUGAUUAGCUUAGUUUCCGACGCUAAUCCUCACCGAUACCAUGUCUUCAUUACGGAACAAAGGAUUGUGAUCAAGGACUCGACGGUGCUGUCUUUCUCCGAAUAUUUCCCUAGGCUACCAACAAAACACGAGAAUGGAGCCGUUUUUACAGAUCGCGCCCCAUUCUCUUGCCAUUGUGCUCGCGCGGACAGGAGGGGAUGACUCGCCAGGUGUUACCGAGAGCGACGCCCCGCCGCAUCAUCACACAGGUUACGAGAUAUUCGCGGAUUUCAAAUCAGAGAACAUGCAACAUUUUUGGAAUAAAAUGGUAUCAGAUGCCAUAGCUGAGACGUUUUUCCUUGGCUGGAUUGACGAACACGUGCUGUUGAUCCAAGGCAAAGAGGAUCACCUGGAGGUUCUAAGAGAAGGCUGGAUGAGGCGAACUCUGAAACCGCCGCAAGGCUUCGAUAUAAAGUACUUGGGUGAUGUGUCUCCCAUCAGCAUGUCGCCCAUCAGUCAGUCCCAGUUUAUUCCGCUGGGAGAGAUCCUGUGCCUGGCCAUCUCGGCCAUGAACGCCGCCCGCACGCCCGUCACGCAGGAGAGCCUUGUCGAGCAUCUGGCGGCAUGCUUCCCAGGUGUGCCCACGCCUAGCCCGGAGAUCCUGCGGCAUACACUGAACGUGUUGGUGCGUGAGCGCAAGAUCUACCCCAGUCCCGAGGGCUACUUCAUCGUGACGCCGCAGACCUACUUCAUCACGCCGUCCCUCAUCCGCAGCAGCAGCAAGUGGUACCACCUGGACGAGCGGAUACCUGAGCACCUGCAGCAGCAACAUCAGCAUCAGCAUCAGCAGCAGCAGCAUCAGCAGCAGCAGCAUCAGCAGCAGCCUCAGCCGUUGCAGACGCUGCAGUCGCCGCAGCAGUGCACGUCCCCUUACUCUGGCACCAUGACCCCUUCCUCCUCGGGGUGCGUGAGGGAGAGGUCCCACCACAAGAACCACGGCGAGCCAUACGUCGUCGGCUACCGGGAGGAGGCUCCCGUCCACCAUCACCAGCAGCACCACUCGUCCUCCACCUUGCAAAGGAGGGCGGCGAAGGAGCACCGGGAUCUCCACCCGUCGCCUCCGACGCAACACCACCAGGCUCUGCCGGCGCCCACCGAGAAGAGCAAGAGCACCCUUAGCUUUCCGUUCAAGAACGACACUCUGGGCAAACACAAGGACAGCGGCAGCAGCAGCGCCGGUUGCGGCGGCGGCGGUGGCAGCGAGAAACAGUCCAAGAAGUUCGGCCUCAAGCUCUUCCGCCUGAGCUUCAAGAAGGACAAGACCAAGCAGCUGGCCACCUUCUCCGGCCAGUUCCCGCCCGAGGAGUGGCCGCUCCGGGACGAGGAGACGCCCACGACGGUUCCGCGUGAUGUGGAGAUGGAGAUCAUCCGGCGGAUCAACCCGGACCUGACGGUGGAGAACCUGGCGAGGCACACGGCCGUGAUGAAGAGGCUGGAGGAGGAGAAGGCGCAGCGCAGCAAGGCCAGCUCCUCGGCCCAGCAGAGCGGUCGUAGCAAGCGCAGUCGCAGCCACCGCAAGGCGCUGCAGCAGCAGGGCAAGACCUCGCGCUCCCAGAGCAAGACGCGGGCGUCCCGGGGCAACCCGUCCGAGGGAUCCAACCUCGACCUGGCGACGGGGGAGCGAGAGUAUCGGGAUUACCGGGACUACCGCUUCUACAGCUCGUCGCUGGUGCGGUCGCCGCGCGAGGCCAUGUACUCGAUGGAGCGCAACCGCGGGAAGCACAUGGUGCACAGCAACCCCAACAUCGUGGAGUCGCACUUCACCACGGCGCCCGAGUGGGACGUGUCGGGCGAGCUGGCCAAGCGCCGGACGGAGGUGCCCUUCCCCGAGCCGUCCAGGGCCGCCUCCAACCACCACUCCAAGGUCCAUCGCAGCCACAGCCACACACAGGAGAGGAAGUCGCGCAACGAGCGCUCGGAGAAGGCCAAAGAGAGGUCCCGCUCCAUGGACAACUCCAAAGGCCCACUGGGGGGCCCCUUUCUGGACAUGCCGGAGGAUUUUGAGUGCAGCCCCGAAGAUGGGAGCCGGUACUACACCGACGACGGGACGCUGCGGGCCUCGGCCCAGGUCGCCCACUUCUCCCGGGGCCUGCUCUCUGCUGCUAAUUUGAGUCCGGACAUUUUUGUGCCUGACAUGGGCAGGGCUGCGCUGGAGAGCGCUGGCUUUUGCCAGCCCAUGCAAAAGAGCAAGAGCAGAGACAGUUUGCCGGUCUACAACACAGACCUGAAGACCGGUUCCCCGAAGCCAUCUGGCACCGACGAGAACUACUUCCAGUGCAGUGCACUGAGCGAAGGGGUCCUGUCCUGCGGACCUUCCCCACACGACUUUGCAAUGGACUCCCUGCGAAUGAGCAUGCACUCUGAACGACAGACGCCUCUCCUCACCUCCCACCAUCCUGUGGAUUAUAAAGACGACACUGCAAAGGGACAGGGGGCCUUGUCCCUACAGGUGCCUGGUCAGACACUCGAACCCUUGCCAAAUGGCAGAUUUUCACACCAGCCCCCCUCCGACUCGUGCAAGGCGGACAAAAUGGCGGACGUCUUCAACCAGGAUAUGCUGCUCAAACCCCCCGACUUGGUGGACAGUGGGUACCCGGAGCUUGGCACGCUUUGCACGAACGCCACGACACACACCAAGGCCCCGGACGUUGCCCCUGGCGACGGACAGGAGCGGUUUGAGAAGCCCCGCUCCCUGCCUCCUUCGCCAGGUCGGGGGGAGCAGCAACAGCAGCAGCAGCAGCAGCAGCAAGCGGCGUGUGCAGACCCCGGCGCUAACAACACCUUCGACUACUACAACGUGUCGGACGACGACUCGGAGGAGACGUCGCGGAAGGCGGCGCGCGAGGAGAAGACGCACGAGGGGGGCGGCACCAUGCAGUGGCUCCUGGAGAGGGAGCGCGAGCGUGACCUCCAGCGCAAAUUCGAGAAGAACCUGACCUUCCCGAGCCCUAAGGAGAGCGACAACGGCAGCAGCCAGAAGUCGGCCCACUCCACGCGGCUCGACAGCAUGGACAGCAGCAGUGUGACUGUGGACAGUGGAUUUAACUCACCACGCACGCGGGAGAGCCUGGCCUCCAACACGUCCAGCAACGUGGAGAGUAACAGGCGACAGAAUCUCGCCUUGAGCCCUCGGCACACCAGCGGCAACCCCCCGCCCUACCCUUAUCGACACCCCCCUGACGCACCCAACACUCGAACUGAGAGGACUCAAAAAGCAUCCAUCACAAGUGUAUAAUUUUCACUGAACUCCAAAAAAAACAGGGAGGAACUGGGUGGGAGGGACUCCAUUAGACAUGAACACUAUCCAAAACAACACCUCUCAAGAUGCCACAUGUCAAAGAAACAAAACUAAAUACCAGCAAAAGCCAGUGAAAUGGCUUUUUUGUGGGUGCUCUGAAUGCCAUGUAACAUUGUAUACACUGACAUUUCAAAACGAAAUACAACAUAACAUUUGUAUUGAAAUCAUCUGACUUCUUAAGAGCCCUGUUUGAGCCACCGUGCACGGCCUAUUGUAAUCUACGGGUAAACCCUCGCUGACUUAACCACCUUUAUUUCAACCGCUUUCUGUAUUUGGCAUUAACCGUCUCAAGUCUCACUGUUUUUGUUUUGUUUUUUUGUUCAUCUUUCAAUGGGUUGAGUCCGAAAAUGAUCCUCUCAGGUCAGAUGUAGUCCCACUCCAGCACACUCGUCACAUGUCAGGUGUGCAGCGCCACAAAACCAACUCACUCAUCGCCACAGAUGCUGGACGUUUUUCUCCCCUUGACUGCUGUCUGAUGUGUGGCCAUACAAAUGUGUUGGGGGGCGGGGGUGUUCAGGCUGUAUUGCUGAGAACAGUACUGCUGCUGUGGUCUAUGUGGAUGAACUCUUUUCUGAGGACUUACAGUAUGUUUACAUUUUUAUUUAUUUAUUUUGUGGACACAUCCCAUGUCUCAGUAGCUGUAUGUAAAUAUAUUUCAUCAAGUCCCAUGGUGACUUAAAGGCCCAAAUGCAUUUAACACAAGGUCUUUUGUGUCUCUAAAUUGAUAAUCAUUUCUCGGGAACGGACAUUAUUGUUUUUUGAAUCACCUUGUGUAUACUGUCCGUUUUGUUCCCUCCUGUCACCAGUACCAGUUUCAUUCCACAUUUACAAAGAAAAUAAGUUGAUUCACUUGAAUGAUUCACUUUCAAACAGAGGUAAAGGUCUGUACUCAAUCAGAGGUCCUUCUCCAUCAGCUGUGAUGUCUUUUUGAACAGCGUCAUGUGGAUAGACCAUCUCAUUUAGAAGCAUGGAGAAUUUUUUUGACUAUUAAGUGCACCAAGUAUUUACCUCAUCAGACCAAGUAAACAGACUUGAAAUGUUUUGAUACAACGCCCUCCUGGUGCUAAAUUCAUUAAACACCUUCCUCUCUCCAAACUAAACCCAGCUUAAUCCUGAUACAUGCUCUUUUUUAAUUUGACAUUUGAAUUUGCAUGUUUGGAUCUGAUCUCAGAUACCUUGCUGAACUACACGACGGACCUACACUGAUUAUUGCACACAAGUCUACCUCCUCCAUGUGUACGAUGGCAAAGAGAAGCCAAGAGUGUUGGUUUUUCCCGGGCAAACGAAUUCACUUGUCAGCCUGUAUCCUCUGAAUGUGACUGAUUCACAAAUGGACCUUUAUUUUAAAAAAGAAAACAGCUCACUAGUCAUGUAAAGUGCUAUUGUUUCCUGUUAAUCCUCACAGUCGUAGUGAUCUAGUGGUGAACUAUCAGACCAAGGUAUGGCACCCUUUAAUGGUCAUGUUAGGGCUGAACACACUCUCUCUCUCUACAUGCAUAGGGAUCCAUGCUCAGUUCUUCUUGGAUGGAUAUUUCUUUAAAAAAAAAAAAUAAUAAUAAUAAUAAAACACAUUUUUAAACGUAUUAUUAAGAAUGGACAAAUUCCCAUUUGCAACAAUAUUUCUGUCCGCUGUGGAUUUUCCUGCCAUAAGACUUAAAUUUUAGGAGUGCAAAUAUAGCUUUCUGUGUUGUUCACUACAGUCCACUGUACUCACUGCAUUUAUAGUGACUCCUUCAAAUAAAAUUGUUUUGUUGCCAGGAAUGCCUUGUAACACAUUUGCACUAAACAACCUGGCCUCUGGUAAGCAUACAAAUCCAUCCAAGAAGGAUGUCCUGUUUUUAAUGAAAAUGUUUCAUAUGAAAUAGCCUACAGAUUGUCCAUGGAACGUCUUCCCUUAACGUUACGGAUUUCUAAUACUGCUCAGCAAACAUGGUGUCAUGAUGUUUCUCUGUCAUGGUUAGUAUAUUAAAGUAAAAAAGGGAUUUUUGUAAUGUCUAUAAUAUUCAAGUCCCUAUCUGUGUAGUUUUGGUGGUUACUGUAAUAGUGUAAACAGUAUGAUCUACCCUCAGGGGUCUCGUGUUACUUUUUAAAUCAAUAAAAAUAACAUGUUUGGUUACACCAUAA